AUGGCCACAUACCCAAGAGAAACUCCGGGAGGUAUAGCAGAACUCCUAGCUCAGCAGACGGGUUUCGACUACGAUGCGCACGCGUUGACGAAUUAUUGGAAACGAAACAGCCGUCGGAUCAUUGCCGCCAUCUAUAUCAACGGUGUCGAAAGUAGCCACGAAGCGAUGUAUAUAGAGAUGAGUAGCCGUGUAGAGAUGAUUCUUGUCGGCGGACACAAGGUCACUUCAUUGGCUAGGCAUGUAAAGUAG